ACGGUGCGGGGCGGACCGGAAGCGCGGCCGGGCGCGGUUGCCGUGACAGCGGGCCCGGAGCCGCCAUGGAGGCCGCGGCCGCGCUCACCGACAUGUACGACCAGGCGCUGCUAGGGAUCCUGCAGCACGUCGGGAACGUGGAGGAGUUCCUUCGGGUCCUCUUCGGCUUUCUCUACCGCAAGACCGACUUCUACCGCCUCCUCCUGCGGCCCGGGGACCGCCUGGGCUUCCCGCCCGGCGCGGCGCAGGCCAUGGCCCUCCAGGCAUUCAAAGUCUUUGAGCGGAUGGCCCGGCAGGAUGACGAGAAGAGGCGCCGAGAGCUGGAGGCGAAGCUAAGGAAGAAGGAGGAGGAGGAGGAGGCUGCCGCAGCUGCUGAGAGGGUGAAACUGUCCCCUGCAGCUCAGGAGGUUGAGGUAGAGACAACAGCAGAGCACGUCCCAGUGCCAGAUGCCGGGGAAGCUGCAGGGACACAAGAUUUGGCCGUAGCCCAGGACACAGCCACCAGUCCUGUGUCGGCAGAGCCCCCGGGGGCUGCUGCCCCAGCAGAGCCCCAGCCAGCAGAACUGCCCACGAGACAGGAGCAGUUCCAGACAAACCCUGACAGCUACAACGGAGCUGUGCGAGAGAAUUACGCCUGGUCCCAAGACUACAGUGACCUGGAGAUUAAAGUGCCCGUGCCCAAGAACAUCGUAAAAGGCAAACAGGUCUCUGUGGAUAUCAGCAGCGGCGCGAUUCGCGUAGCGGUGCUGGAAGGGAGCAGCCAGCGCGUCCUCAUGGAAGGGAAACUCACCCACAAGAUCAACACAGAGAGUUCCCUCUGGAGCCUGGAGCCAGGGAAGUGUGUUUUGAUCAACCUGAACAAGGGGGACGAGUACUGGUGGAACGCCAUCCUGGAGGGCGAGGAGCAGAUCGACAUUGACAAGAUCAACAAGGAGCGCUCCAUGGCCACGGUGGACGAGGAGGAGCAUGCCGUGCUGGACCGCCUCACCUUCGACUACCACCAGAAGCUGCAGGGCAAGCCCCAGAGCCAUGAGCUGAAGGUGCACGAGAUGCUGAAGAAGGGCUGGGACACCGAGGGCUCCCCCUUCCGCGGCCAGAAGUUUGACCCCUCCAUGUUCAACAUCUCCCCCGGUGCCGUGCAGUUUUGACAGCGGCGAAAAAUGGCCGAGAAACGAAGCAGGGAGAGGAGAAACCCACCCAGAUGCCCACCCCAGACCCUCGCACCCAACGCUGGCGCCAAUAACCCACUUGCCGAUGAUACACGCUGCCAGCACCCUUCCACUGCCUUCACCACCCUGCACCGGCACCGGCCUUGGCGGUUUGAUGUGCGUGCGGGGAAACCUGGCGAAUGCAGAUUUACGUCCCGUCACCAAGGCAACCUGAGCGGCUGGGACCCUUCUCUCCUCGCCUCGCACUGGCGACGGCUCUGUUAUUUUUCCGGAAUAGACGGAGCUCGCUGGGUGACAUAAUUAUUA